GGCGCUCGGGGCUCGGUCGCUCGCGCUGUACAGGGGGAGGAGAGGGAGCCCCCGGCGCGAGCGAGGGCAAAGGGACUGCAGCCACAACUUCUCUCGCCCUGUCCAUCUCUUCGGUCCUUCCACUGGUUCCCCUCCCCGUCUGCGGCUCCCACCUUCUCAGAAGCGUGUCCCCCUCGGAGGCAUCAGAGGGGAGUUUUUCCGCAGGUUGCGAAGGGAACCAAAUUUGUUGCCCACUUGCUUUGUGGUGAGGGCGGCUUUCCCCCACCCGCUCAAGAUGCUCAGGGGUCCGGGGCCCGGGUUGCUGCUGCUGGCGGUCCUGUACCUGGGGACAGCGGUGCCCUCCACCUGGGCCUCGAAGAGCAAGAGGCAGGCUCAGCAAAUCGUGCAACCCCAAUCCCCGGUGGCUGUCAGUCAAAGCAAGCCUGGUUGUUUUGACAAUGGAAAACACUAUCAGAUAAAUCAACAGUGGGAGCGCACCUACCUAGGCAACACCUUGGUGUGUACCUGUUAUGGAGGGAGCCGAGGUUUCAACUGCGAGAGCAAACCUGAGCUUGAAGAGACUUGUUUUGACAAGUAUACUGGGAACACUUACCGAGUCGGUGACACUUAUGAGCGCCCUAAAGAUUCCAUGAUCUGGGAUUGCACCUGCAUUGGAGCUGGGCGAGGGAGAAUAAGCUGCACCAUUGCAAACCGCUGCCACGAAGGAGGUCAGUCCUACAAGAUUGGUGAUACCUGGAGGAGACCUCAUGAGACUGGUGGUUACAUGUUGGAGUGUGUGUGCCUUGGCAACGGGAAAGGAGAGUGGACCUGCAAGCCCAUAGCUGAGAAAUGUUUUGAUCAUGGUGCUGGGACUUCCUAUGUUGUUGGGGAAACCUGGGAAAAAUCCUAUCAAGGCUGGAUGAUGGUGGAUUGUACUUGUCUGGGAGAAGGCAGCGGACGCAUCACUUGCACCUCUAGAAACAGAUGCAAUGAUCAGGACACAAGGACAUCCUAUAAAAUUGGAGAUACCUGGAGCAAGAAGGAUAAUCAAGGAAACCUGCUGCAGUGCCUGUGCACAGGCAAUGGUCGAGGGGAAUGGAAGUGUGAAAGACACGUAACCCUGCAGUCUGCAUCCACUGGCUCUGUCCGCUACUCAGAUGUCCGAGCAGCCGUUUACCAGCCCCAGCCUUACCCCCAGCCUGCUUCAUAUGGCCACUGUGUCACAGACAGUGGUAUGAUCUACUCUGUGGGGAUGCAGUGGUUGAAGACCCAAGGAGACAAACAAAUGAUUUGCACUUGUUUGGGCCAUGGAGUCAGCUGCCGGGAGACAGCCGUGACCCAAACUUAUGGUGGCAAUUCAAACGGGGAGCCAUGUGUCCUACCAUUCACCUACAACGGCAGGAUUUUCUACUCCUGCACCACAGAAGGGCGACAGGAUGGGUAUCAUUGGUGCAGCACAACUUCAAAUUAUGAACAGGACCAGAGAUAUUCUUUCUGUACAGACGACCAUAUUGUUUUGGUUCAAACUCGAGGUGGAAAUUCCAAUGGUGCCUUGUGCCACUUCCCCUUCCUAUACAACAACCACAAUUACACCGAUUGUACUUCCGAGGGCAGGAGAGACAACAUGAAAUGGUGUGGAACCACACAGAACUAUGAUGCUGACCAGAAGUUUGGAUUCUGCCCCAUGGCUGCCCAUGAGGAAAUCUGCACAACCAACGAAGGGGUCAUGUAUCGCAUUGGAGACCAGUGGGAUAAGCAGCAUGAUAUGGGCCACAUGAUGAGGUGCACAUGUGUUGGGAAUGGCCGUGGGGAGUGGACAUGUGUCGCCUACUCCCAGCUUCGAGAUCAGUGCAUUGUUGAUGACAUCACUUACAAUGUAAAUGACACAUUCCACAAACGACAUGAAGAGGGACACAUGCUGAAUUGUACCUGCUUUGGCCAGGGCCGGGGCCGAUGGAAGUGCGAUCCCAUUGACCAGUGCCAAGAUUCAGAAACCCGGACAUUUUACCAAAUUGGAGACUCGUGGGAUAAACACGUGCAUGGUGUCAGAUACCAGUGCUACUGCUACGGCCGUGGCAUUGGGGAGUGGCACUGCCAGCCCUUGCAGACCUAUCCAGGCAACACUGGUCCUGUCCAAGUAACCAUCACUGAGACUGCCAGUCAGGCCAACUCUCACCCCAUCCAAUGGAAUGCACCAGAACAAUCUCAAAUAAUCAAGUACAUUCUCAGGUGGAGACCUAAAAAUGUGGCAGGCCGUUGGAAGGAAGCUGCCGUUCCUGGCAACUUAAACUCCUACACCAUCAAAGGCCUUUCCCCAGGAAUGAUAUAUGAGGGGCAGCUGGUCAGCAUCCAGCAGAAUGGCCACAGAGAUGUGACACGCUUUGACUUCACCACCAGCAGCAGCAGUCAAGUGACCAGCAACACGGUGACAGGAGAGACGACACCCUUGUCUCCUGUGGUAGCCACAUCUGAAUCUGUGACUGAAAUCACUGCCAGCAGCUUUGUGGUCUCAUGGGUCUCAGCUUCGGAUACUGUGUCUGGAUUCAGGGUGGAGUAUGAACUGAGUGAGGACGGAAAAGGACCCCGGUUCCUGGAUCUUCCAAGCACGGCCACUUCUGUGAACAUCCCUGACCUGCUUCCUGGCCGGAAGUACACUGUAAAUGUCUAUCAGAUAUCCCAAGAAGGAAAGCAGAGUUUGAUCCUGUCUACAUCACAGACAACAGCUCCUGACGCUCCUCCUGACCCUAAGGUGAGCCAAGUUGAUGACACCUCCAUUGUUAUUGGCUGGAGCAAGCCCCGGGCACCAAUCACAGGGUAUAGAGUAGUCUACUCACCAGCAAUAGAGGGCAGCAGCACUGAGCUGAACCUUCCAGAGAGUGCCAGCUCUGUCAUCCUUAGCGACCUGCAACCUGGCGUUCGGUACAACAUCACCAUCUAUGCUGUGGAAGAAAACCUGGAGAGUACUCCUGUCUUCAUCCAGCAAGAAACCACAGGCACCCCACGGUCAGAUGAAGUGCCCCCUCCCAAGGACCUGCAGUUUGUGGAAGUGACAGAUGUGAAGGUCACCAUCAUGUGGACACCCCCUGAUAGUGCAGUGACUGGCUAUCGUGUGGAUGUGAUCCCUGUCAACCUGCCUGGGGAGAAUGGGCAGAGGCUGCCCAUCAGCAGGAACACCUUUGCAGAAGUCUCCGGGUUGUCCCCUGGGGUCACCUAUUACUUCAAGGUCUUUGCUGUGAACCAGGGGAGGGAGAGCAAGCCUCUGACUGCCCAACAGACCACCAACCUGGAUGCUCCUACUAACCUCCAAUUUGUCAAUGAAACUGACUCAUCCGUCCUGGUGACUUGGACCCCACCUCGGGCCCAGAUUGUAGGCUACCGAAUAACAGUGGGCCUGACCCGAGGAGGCCAGCCCAAGCAGUACAGCGUGGAGCCCUCUGCCUCCCAGUACCCGCUGAAGAACCUGAAGCCUGCGUCUGAGUACACUGUCACCCUUGUAGCUCUAAAAGACAACCAGCAGAGCCCCAAAGCUACCGGAGUCUUCACUACAUUGCAGCCGUUGAGCUCCAUUCCACCUUUCACCACAGAGGUCACUUCGACCAGCAUCACGAUCACAUGGACCCCUGCUCCAAGGAUUGGGUUUAAGCUGGGUGUGGAACCAAGCCAGGGAGGUGAGGCCCCACGAGAAGUGACUUCAGAAUCAGGAAGCGUCAUCAUGUCCGGCUUGACUUCAGGAGUGGAAUACAUUUACACCGUUCAAGUCCUGAGAGAUGGGAAAGAACAGGACGCACCAAUUAUCAACAGAGUGGUGACACCGUUGUCUCCACCCUCGAACUUGCACCUGGAUGCCAACCCUAAUACUGGCAUACUUACUGUGUCCUGGGAGAGGAGCACCACCCCAGAUAUCACUGGCUAUAAAAUAACCACCACCCCUACAAAUGGACAGCUGGGAUAUUCUUUGGAAGAAAUGGUUCCUGCCCAUCAGAGUUCCUGCACUUUUGAAAACCUGAGUCCUGGCCUGGAAUACAAUGUCAGUGUGUACACUGUCAAAGAUGAAAAGGAAAGUGUCCCUAUCUCUGAUACCAUCAUCCCAGAGGUGCCCCAACUCACUGACCUAAGCUUUGUUGAUAUAACCGAUUCAAGCAUCGGCCUGAGGUGGACCCCGCUAAACUCUUCCACCAUUAUUGGGUACCGCAUCACAGUAGUUGCGGCAGGAGAAGGGAUCCCUAUUUUUGAAGAUUUUGUGGACUCCUCAGUAGGAUACUACACAGUUACAGGGCUGGAGCCCGGCAUUGACUAUGACAUCAGCGUUAUCACUCUCAUUAAUGGCGGAGAGAGUGCCCCUACUACACUGACACAGCAAACGGCUGUCCCUCCUCCCACGGACCUGAAAUUCACCAAUGUUGGUCCAGACACUAUGCGUGUCACCUGGGCACCCCCUCCAUCUAUUGAGCUGAGCAACCUGCUGGUGCGCUACUCACCCGUGAAAAACGAGGAAGAUGUUGCGGAGUUGUCGAUUUCUCCAAUAGACAAUGCGGUGGUCUUAACAAACCUCCUACCUGGGACCGAAUAUUUAGUCAGUGUUUCCAGUGUCUACGAAAACCACGAGAGCAUACCUCUUAAAGGAAGACAGAAAACAGGUCUUGAUUCCCCAACUGGCAUUGACUUCUCUGAUAUCACUCCAAACUCUUUCACCGUCCACUGGAUUGCUCCCCGAGCCACCAUUACUGGCUACUGGAUUCGCCAUCGUCCCGAGCAUGCUGUUGGAAGACCCCGAGAAGACAGAGUGCCCCCCUCUCGGAAUUCCAUCACCCUCACCAACCUCAAUCCAGGCACAGAGUAUGUGGUCAGCAUUGUUGCUCUUUAUGGCAAAGAGGAGAGUCUCCCCUUGCGUGGUCAGCAAUCAACAGUUUCUGAUGUCCCAAGGGACCUGAAAAUCGUUGCCUCAACCCCUACCAGCGUACUGAUCAGCUGGGAGCCUCCUGCUGUCACAGUGAGGUAUUAUAGGAUCACCUAUGGAGAAACAGGAGGAACUAGCCCUGUUCAGGAGUUCACUGUCCCUGGGAGCAUGUCCACCGCUUCUGUCAGCAACCUUAAACCUGGAGCAAAUUACACCAUCACAGUGUAUGCUGUCACUGGCCGUGGGGACAGCCCAGCCAGCAGCAAACCAGUUUCCAUUGAUUAUCGAACAGAAAUUGACAAACCAACCCAGAUGCAAGUGGUUGAUGUUCAUGAAAACAGCAUUAGUGUCAGGUGGCUGGCUUCAGGUUCUCCAGUUACUGGUUACAGAGUGACCACCACUCCCAAAAAUGGCGCAGGACCAUCACAAACUAAAACUACAGGUCCAGAUGAAACAGAAGUUACCAUUGACGGCUUACAGCCCACAGUGGAGUACUUGGUUAGUGUUCAUGCUCAGAAUGGAAAGGACGAAAGCGAGCCCCUGGUUCAAACUGCAGUAACCAACAUUGAUCGCCCUAAAGGACUGGCAUUCACUGAUGUGGAUGUCGAUUCCAUCAAAAUUGCUUGGGAAAGCCCACAGGGGCAAGUUUCCAGGUACAGGGUGACCUACUCAAGCCCUGAGGAUGGAAUCCAUGAGCUAUUCCCUGCACCUGAUGGUGAAGAAGACACUGCAGAGCUGAAAGGCCUCAGGCCGGGUUCUGAGUACACAGUCAGUGUGGUUGCCUUGCACGAUGAUAUGGAGAGCCAGCCCCUGAUUGGAACCCAGUCCACAGCCAUCCCUGCACCAACCAACCUGAGGUUCACUCAGGUUACACCAACAAGUGUGAGCGCUCAGUGGACAGCACCCAAUAUCCAGCUCACUGGAUAUCGAGUGCGGGUGACCCCCAAGGAUAAUACUGGACCAACGAAGGAAAUCGACCUCUCUCCUGACAGCUCCUCUGUGGUUGUAUCAGGUCUCAUGGUGGCCACCACCUAUGAAAUGAGUGUCUAUGCUCUUAAGGACACACUGACAAGCAGACCAGAUCAGGGGAUCAUCACCACUCUUGAGAAUACCAGCCCUCCCAGAAGGGCUCGUGUGACAGAUGUUACUGAGACGACCAUCACCAUUAGCUGGCGAACCAAGACUGAGACGAUCACUGGUUUCCAAGUUGAUGCCAUCCCAGUAGGUGACCAGACCCCAAUUCAGAGAACCAUCAGACCAGAUGUCAGAAGCUACACCAUCACAGGUUUGCAGCCCGGUACCGACUACAAGAUCUACCUGUACACCCUGAAUGAUAAUGCCCGCAGCUCCCCGGUGAUCCUGGAUACCUCCACUGCUGUUGAUGCACCUUCCAACCUGCACUUCCUGGCCACCACUCCCAACUCCUUUUUGGUGUCAUGGCAGCCGCCCCGUGCCAAGAUCACUGGCUAUAUCAUCAAAUAUGAGAAGGCUGGGUUCCCUCCCAAAGAAGUGAUCCCUCGGCCCCGUCCUGGUGUCACAGAGGGCAUUAUUACUGGCCUGGAACCAGAAACGGAGUACACAAUCUAUAUCAUUGCCUUGAAGAACAACCAGAAGAGUGAGCCCCUGAUUGGGAGGAAAAGGACAGAUGAGCUUCCCCAACUGGUAACCCUUCCACACCCCAAUCUUCAAGGACCAGAGAUCUUGGAUGUUCCCUCCACAGUUCAAAAGACCCCUUUCGUCAUCAACCCUGGGUCUGACACUGGAAACGGUAUUCAGCUUCCUGGCACAAGCCAUCAGAAGCCCAGUGUUGGGCAACAAAUGAUCAUUGAGGAACAUGGUUUUAGGAAGACCACACCACCCACAGCGGUCACCCCCAUAAGGCAUAGGCCAAAACCAUACUUGCCGAAUAUAGAUGAAAUCGGUCACGUCCCCAGGGGAGACGUAGACCAUCACCUCUACCCUCACGUUAUGGGGCUCAAUCCAAAUGCCUCUACAGGACAAGAAGUUCUCUCUCAGACCACCAUCUCUUGGACCCCAUUCCAGGACACUUCUGAGUACAUCAUUUCAUGUCAGCCCAUAGGCUCUGAAGAAGAAUCCUUACAGUUCCGAGUUCCUGGAACUUCCACCAGUGCCACCCUGACAGGCCUUACCCGAGGGGUCACCUACAAAAUCGUGGUGGAGGCACUGGAAGGCUCAACGAGGCACAAGGUUCAGGAGGAGGUUGUGACCGUGGGCUCCGCUGUCACUGAAAACAUGAACCAACCUACCGAUGACUUCUGCUUUGACCCCUACUCGGCUUCCAAUUAUGCCAUUGGAGAGGAAUGGGAGCGAUCCUCUGAAUCUGGCUUUAAACUCACCUGCCAGUGCUUGGGCUUUGGCAGUGGGCAUUUCAGAUGCGAUUCAUCUAAAUGGUGCCUUGACAACGGUGUGAACUACAAGAUUGGAGAGAAGUGGGAUCGCCAGGCAGAAAACGGCCAGAUGAUGAGCUGCACGUGCCUGGGCAACGGGAAAGGAGAAUUCAAGUGUGACCCCCAUGAGGCAAUGUGUUACGAUGAUGGGAAGACUUACCAAGUUGGAGAACAGUGGCAGAAGGAAUUUUUAGGUGCCAUUUGCACCUGCUCAUGCCUUGGAGGCCAGCAGGGCUGGCUCUGUUCCAACUGCCACAGACCAGGUGCUGAACCUAUUUCUGAAGGUGGUUCCUCUUCCAACCUGUAUACACAGACAUAUCAGAGAACGAACACUAAUGUUAAUUGCCCAAUUGAGUGCUUCAUGCCUUUAGAUGUGCAGGCUGACAGAGAAGAUUCCAGAGAGUAAUAUUUGCAACCCAAAGGAACAAGCAUGUAUGUCUGCCACGGUCCAUCUGAACUCAAGUGAUAUUAGCAGAUCCCAUCUUUUGAGUGUUUGUUUCUUUCUUAGCCUUUUGCUCUGGAGUAAGUUCUCCAGCUUCAGCUCAACUCACAGCUUCUCCAAGCAUCACUCUGGGAAGUGUUUUGAAACUUUCCUCAUAAAUGAGGGCAGUACGUUACCUGUUCUGCUUCAGAAUAAUUAAUACUGCUCAGUGUUUUAAAUGAAAUGAUUCUCAGUGUGAUUUGGUUUGGGAUCAAUAAAGAAGCAUAUGCAGCCAACCAAGAUGCAAAAUGUAUUGAAUACUAUUACCAAAAUUUUAAAUAGGAAAGUUGCCCAAACACUUCUGCUUUCAUUUAACUGUCUGGCCCGCAAUACUGUAGGAACAGCGUGUCCUUGCUACUGUGAUAAAAUAUCCACGGUAUUCACUUUUUCCAAAUGAUUCUAACAGUUGCCUAGAAAUAUCUUUCUCUUACCUGUUAUUUAUCAAUUUUUCCCAGUAUUUUUAUACGGAAAAAUUGUAUUGAAGACACUUGGUAUGCAGUUGAUAAAAAGAAUUCAGUAUAAUUAUGGUUGGUGAUUAUUUUUUAUACUGUACGUGCCAAAGCUUUACUACUGUGGAAAGACAACUGUUUUAAUAAAAGAUUUUACAUUCCA